GCAGUUUCAAGAUAUUCUCAACAAUGAAACAUUGUUAAAGGAACUGAGGCAGAAAGCACAUAUGCAUGAAGAAGAACAGAAGCCCACUAGAUGCCCUGUGCAGCAAGUAACAACAGAAAACAGUAAGUCAGUGAAAGUAUUUAAGAAAGUGAUGGAUGAUGGCACACCCAAUGUUGAGUACCUGCAUUCCUUCCAGAUGGCAACCCCACUGACUAGGAUAGCUGGUUGUCUGCUGAUGAAUCGGACAUUUUUACCAAGCGGUCAGUUACUGAAAGUGUGGGAAUGCCUCCAUGUUCUUGUGUCUGUUGCCACAGCUAUAGUACUUCCUAUACAGGGGGCUUUCUUCUAUAAGUCUAUCCUGGGCUGGGUGAUUACAUACACACUUGAUGUACUCAGUUGGAUUGCCAUGUAUAUAGGCCUCCAUACUGCUUACUACAACAAGAAAGGCUGUCUAGUCAGUCAUCCUUUAGCUACAGCCAAACACUACUUCACUACUAACUUCCUGCUGGACUUAAGUGCUGUUUUACCUUUAGAAGCCAUUCCAUUUUGCCUGGGAUACCAAGAUCUGAACUAUCUAGUUUUCCUCCGUCUGAACCGUAUGAUCAAUAUUUACCACCUCUCCUUGGCAUUCUCACAUCUGGAACAGGAUAUCAGAAGAGAAGUGGGCAUUAUUAGGACCAUGAAGUUCAUCUUAUACAUCAUUAUCUUCAUGAACUGGCUGACCUGUGGUUUAUUUAUGAUCUCAUGUCCCCCUGAGAUUCUAGGGAUAGCCACCAAGGACACACUGACCACUGGUCAUCACUGUAUUGAGGGGUCCUGGGUGCUCAGGACACUCACAGCAAAUGAGAGCAGCAUAUGGACCCUGUACCUGACCAGUUUAUACUGGGCCACAGCUACCUCAGUAUCAGUGGGGUACGGGGACAUAGCUGCUGAGACUGACCUGGAGGUUGCAGCUGCUGUGGUCAUUUCAAUUGUGGGAGUGGUGUUCUUUGGCUAUGUGAUAGCCAGUGUGUUUGCUGGCCUGGUCAAUGCUGAUGCCCAGAGAGCAAAAUUUCAGGAGAAACUUUGUGCAGUCCAGACCUUUAUGAAAGAUCAGGAAGUCAGUGCUGGUCUUCAGAGAAGGAUUAUCAACCAUUAUGAGUAUGUGUGGACCAGAUCUCAUGGAGUGGACCCGAGAUCUCUGUUUGAUGGUCUCCCACUGUCACUGUGGGGGGAUGUCACCUACAGUCUGUACAAGGAUAUGAUUGUUAAGGUGCCUGUGGCCCUGUUUGAGAAUGCGGAUGUGGGUUUUGUGAAGAUGCUGUCACGCUCUAUCAAGCCAGUGUUAUUUCUUAAAGGAGAAUAUGUUGUGAGGAAACAUGACAUAGGAAGUGAGAUGUUCUUUAUUCAUCAUGGGGCAGUGGAUGUGGUAUCAGAGGAUGGUGACACAGUGUUUGACACUAUGAAUGCAGGAAGAUUCUUUGGAGAAAUCUCUCUUUUAUUCAGUUGUCCAAGAACUGCAUCAAUAAGGGCCCAUACCAACUGCCAUUUGUUUGUGUUGAGCAAGGCAGAUUUAGAUGAAGUGCUGAUCUACUACCCAGACAUAAAUCAACAAGUAAUGAUAACAGCAGAGAAGCGAAGAAUCAAAGCCAAGCAACGCAGUGCUCUUCAACUUAGAACAGAACAUGUUGAAGAAAGCAUUACUAGUGCUGGCAUAUCUGGGGUGCGUGAUAAUCAAGAGGGGAAAAGGACUGCUUUUGGACCACACAGUGAUUUUGCAGAGAUUGAAUUCAAAGCCACUAAAACCCAGAAAGUGACAGUAGGAAAAGUGACAUACUGCAGGAAAACCAGUGGUCAGGGUUCAGCUCCAAGGAGAGAAGCUCCACAUCCAGAGAACACAGCUUUGCAUAAAAACACAGACAGUGAUUCCAGUCAAGAAGCUGUUGCUGGUACAAGUCAAGCAACAGUUGAUGUUAACUCCAUUGAGAUAGUGUACAAUAGUGAACCUGCCUGCAGGGAAAAUGUGUCAAGUAACCAUGUCACAACUCCAGAGAGGAAUGUCUCCGGAUGUGCUUGGUGUUGGACCAGCUGGAAUGACUUCACCAUCAAUCCACAUGGACAUUUUGGCACAGUUUUCAGCUGGUUGACACUGUUCUGCACUGUCCUGUCUUGGUGGACUAUUCUCUUUGAGGCUUGUUACCAGGACCAUGAACUGGCAUUGUUUGCAGUGAACAUCCUCAUAGAUGCAUUUUUCUGGUUGGAGAUUUACAUAAAAUCUCAUUUAAGUUUCCAUGAUGAGACUGGUCACCUAAUAGAUGCUGCUGUCAUAGUGAGGCAGUCCUAUGUAAGGAGACCCAGUGGUUUGCUGUUGGAUGCUAUAGCAGCUUGUCCCAUUGAAGUGGUGGUGCUGGCACUGCCCAGAGAACAGUGGGUCAGUAUGUGGUCAUAUCUCAGGCUACUCCACGUGCUAAGACUGGUCAAGGUACACCAGUUCUUUGCUGCCUGGGAGAAGGAGCUGAAUGUCAGCAUGCUGACUGUCCGCCUCUGGAAGUCUAUGAUAGUGUUGUUUGUAACCCUGCACAUCUGCUCCUGUCUGUGGUAUGUAGUGGCUUGUCCUGGAGGGGUGUGUGGACCAAAUACUUGGGCACAUCUGGCUGGGUUCCAGGAUCACACAGUGAGCAGCAUAGAGAGAUACUGUAACUGUGUCUACUGGUGUGUAGCAACUGUCACCUCUACUGGAUAUGGAGACAUCAGUGCACAUACAAAUAUAGAAAUGGUUGUCUCCAUUGUUGUUAUGCUGAUAGGGAAGAUAUUGUUUGGUUAUAUUCUGGGUACCAUAGCCUCUUCCCAGGCCAAUGCAGCACGCACCACAGUGGCUUACAGGGAGAAAGUGGCAGUGAUCAAGGAUGAACUCGCUGAUCUGAAUGUACCUCCACACCUUAAAGAUCAAGUAGUAAACUAUUACCAUUACCAGUGGCAGCGCAAGAAAGGUGUUGACCUGAGGUCACUGAUGGUGGACUGUCCAUACACCCUGCAGUCGGAACUAGCUCUUCAAAUAUGCCAGCCAAUGUUUACUGGAGAAAAACAGUUGUCUCUGUUUAAGGACAUCCCUGAUGCACUGAAGCGUGAACUUGCUCUGAAGGUCCAGCUAAAGUUCUUUGUCCCAGAUGUACAGGUGGUGCAGAAAGGAGAUGUUAACAGCAGCGCUUUCUACAUUUUGAAAGGAGAGAUAGCUCUGGAAGGAGAUCAGUUGGACAGCCUGGGCAGUGGCAGUGUGAUAGGAGAGGUCAACCUUAUCCUAGAUGACCCCAAGCCUGCAGUGGUCACUUAUGUGGCCAAAUCCCAUGUAGAUAUCCUGGUGCUGGCCAAAAGUGACUUGGACACCGUCCUGGGCCACUUCCCGGCAGUCAGGAAUACAAUGGAGCACAUUGCCGAGCAAAAGUUUCGCCUACCAAGAAACUCUGACCACCGUCGCCCGUCAUCAGCAGUGUUUUUGAAAGUACCUAGUAAGACUUGGGAAAUGCAUUUGUAA